AAAUUGUGUGGUGUCGGUGGUCUUGCGUUCCUAUCGUUGGUUUUAGUAAAAUUAAGUUUCUGGAAACUAAUAAUGUCGGGCACAAUUUUUCAGUCAUCUGUUAAAAUAAAAACAACAACCUCUAAUUUGGAUAAUAAUGUUUCAAUUAAAUCAAGCAUAGAGCAUAAAGUCUUAUGAUCAGAACAUCUUUCGCGUUCAUAUCAUAAUAAAAUGAAUGCGAACCCGAAGAACUUCGUCAAUCAUAAGAUCUCUUCGGCUAAUACAGAUCAAGAGUAUUUAGAACAAUACCAAUGUAAAAUAACAGAUUACCAAAAACGUAACUUACUUCCAUUACAAGAAGAUCUUGCAGAUUGGAUUAAUAAAUCUUUAGGAAUAGAUUGGUUGAAUGUGAAUAAUCUACUGGACAUGUUGGAUAAUGGUGUUGUCUUGUGCCGAUUAGGCAAAACCAUUGAACAUUUUGCACGGGAAUAUAUACUUACAGAAAAUUACCAAGGUGAUUUACCAACAAUAUCAUCUAGAUGUUUUGAAUCUGCGAGAAAACAUAGUUUUUUUUCUAGAGAUAAUACUGAAAAAUUUAUACAAUUUUGCCGUCGCCUUGGAGUACAUCAGCAUCUAUUGUUCGAAAGUGAUGAUCUAGUUUUGCAGAACAAUCCUCGAAAUGUUGUUUUAUGUUUAAUGGAAGUAUCUCGCUUAGCAUCUCGCUUCGGCCUUGAACCUCCAGGGCUUGUUCAAAUGGAAAAAGAAAUCGAUGCUGAAGAAGCUAGAAGUCAUCAAAUAAAUCAUUAUGUUUCACCUACCUAUUCAACACCAAAUAAUAAUCAUCAUAGGUGUUCUAUAAGUGCUAUACCCAUGGCAAUUAAGUCGACAAACAAGCUUAGAAGGACAGAAAGUUUGGGUACAGCAUCUAUGAUAACAUUAAGAUCUGAAUCAGAUACUACAGAUGAAGAUUAUGUAAUAGACGGAAGUCAACAUUUAAAUGAACUUGACUAUAAAGUCAAAGAAGCUAGCCGAAUAGCUCACACUCAUUGUCAUUGUCAGGGAAAAAAAUUAAAAUUAAAAAAAAUAGGGGAAGGACGUUACAGUAUAUAUGGACGGAACGUUUUUAUAAGGUUAUUGAAAGGGACUCAUAUGAUGGUUCGAGUUGGAGGAGGAUGGGACACUUUAGAAAACUUCUUACUUCGACAUGAUCCUUGUCAAACUCCAGGAAAGUCUAACGUAAGAACUUCUCCAUUGUGUAAUAGAACUGUGUCUCCAGCUCCACCAAACAAUAGCCGUGUUCAGUCACCUUCACAACGCAGAUCAUCUAUACCUAGAUAUCUUGGUCCUAAAUUUAAUUCGUCUAAUGCAUUUAAAACGCUACCUGAAACUACACUUUUAGCACGCUAGUUUAAAUGAACAAGUAAAUUUCCCCAUCUUAUUUAUACACGUACAUAUAGUAUAUAUGCACAAGUUGCACAGAUUUAUAUGAUUUUAUGUUAUUAAAAGUUAUGAUUAAUUAAGAUUCUAUAAUUUAGUUAUAUUUUUAUAAAAACAACUAUAUUUUGUUAAUAAAU